CUUGUUGUUUGUUUUGGUCAUCAAGCUUCAAACAUGGCUUCUAAGAUCAUCAGGCAUAGCCAUCUCCGAGCCCUAUGCUCCUCCAUCAACAACCACAUUUGCUCUCCUCACUUCUCUAACACUAACCAAGCUCCCCUCAGCUAUAGGCUCUUCUCCAAUGCCUCUUCUUCUUCUUCUUCUUCUUCUUCCUCACGGAAAGACAAGCCUACUGGAGGAUUCCAACGAACUUCCUCUUUGAAAGACCUCGAGCUCGCUAAAUUCACCUCCAUUGCUGAAACCUGGUGGGAUUCUGAAGGGCCAUUUAAGCCAUUGCAUGUGAUGAAUCCUACAAGACUUGCUUUCAUUCGCUCCACUCUUUGUCGACAUUUCAGUAAGGAUCCUAACAGUGCUAGGCCUUUUGAAGGGCUUAAAAUAGUUGAUGUUGGUUGUGGUGGUGGAAUUCUCUCAGAGCCAUUAGCUCGAAUGGGAGCUACUGUAACAGGAGUUGAUGCUGUGGAGAAAAAUAUCAAGAUUGCGCGCAUUCAUGCUGAUUUGGAUCCAGUGACUUCAACUAUUGAGUACUGUUGCACAACAGCUGAAAAGCUGGUAGAGGAAGACAGGAAGUUUGAUGCUGUGAUUACUCUAGAAGUAAUUGAGCACGUAGCAAAUCCUGCUGAAUUCUGCAAGUCUCUGGCAGCAUUAACUGUUCCUGAUGGAGCUACUAUAAUUUCAACAAUUAACCGUUCUAUGAGAUCAUAUGCAACUGCCAUUGUUGCAGCAGAGUACCUCCUCCAUUGGCUUCCUAAAGGUACACAUGAAUGGUCAAGUUUUCUCACUCCUGAAGAACUAGUCCUGAUCCAUCAACGUGCCAAUAUCACUGUCAGGGAAAUGGCUGGAUUUGUUUACAACACCUUGACUGGAAGAUGGUCUCUAUCUGAUGAUAUUAGUGUAAAUUUCAUUGCUUUUGGUACAAAAAAACUGCCAAUAGAUAAGAAUAUACCAUUAUAAUUUUCCUAGUUUGUUCUCUUCCUUCUUUUUUGGUUUUUUGUUUUGGUUUUGGUGGGGGGAUUGGAUGAAAUUUUUGUACUUGUUCAUACAAAUAAUGAUGGGUAGAUCCAACACAUUUACGACAAAUAUUUUUCCCCAAAUAGUUUAGGGUUUCAA